AUGGAGGAUCGCGGGCCGUCGCGGCCGCGACCGGCCUCGCUGGGCCACGAGAAUCCCGGAAGCGGCGUGCGUGGUGGAAGUUCGCGGCUGAUUGACGAGCUGUCGGCAACGGCGAAACGAGCUCUGGAGUCGCUGGAAGGCGUCGUACGCGAUGCAGUUUUGCACGACGACCAGUGGAAGUCGUGGGAGGACCAUGAGUGCUUGGCAGCCAUCGAGGCCUUGCCGGGCGCGUGCUUCCUGGUGGUGGAUGCUGACGACGGGAGCGUGGCCUGGUCGUCUCGCCAAGCCGCACGCCUGCUCACGGGAGGCGACGGCGCCAUUUUGAACCGGAGCAUCAUGUCGUUCUUCCCCGCGCGCCACAGCUCGCAGAUCGCGGCCGUCCUCAUGCACAACAGCCGCCUCGCUCUCGAGGGAACCCCGCCGGACCAGCCCGAGGUGUUUGUGGUCGACUUCGAGCGCCGGCGCGAGGGCCGCGACCCGCAGCGGAUAUGGGCCGAGCUCGACAUGCGGUGGACCCCGUCGGACGCCGCCGCCGCCGCGGGGGGGGGGUCCCGGCGCUGGGCCGUUGGCGUCCUGCACCUGUUCACAGAGGACCCGCGGGGGGGCGCCGGCGACCGCGCGGCGCAGGCGUGCGGCCCGCCCGACCCCGCCGACGGUCCCGAGGGCGGGCCCUACCUGGCGCUGGACUCGCGCGGGACGGUCCAGCAGCCGCUGGCGUGGCUGACCGCGGCAGCGGCGACGUGGGGCGCGGGGUGGCCCGAGCACGUCGCGGCGUUCCACGGACGGCCCUUCGUCGACCUGGUGCACCCGGGGGACCGCGAGCGCGCCCAGCGGUGCUUGCGGGCAGCGCGCGGGGGCCGCGCGGCAGCGGAGGACCGCUGCUGGCUGCGGCUUCUCGGGCCCGGCGGCGACGGCGACGCGCUCCCGUUCGACGCGCUGCUGUUCGUGCCAGCCGAGGCCGGCCGGGUGAACGUCUGCGUCGCGCUGUACCCGCUCCGGGAGCACGCGCUGCUCGACGAGACGCUCGUGCGUUCGCGCGCCCUGCUGCACUGCGUCGCCGCCUUCGUGUUCCACACCGACGCCCUCCUCAACAUUCUCUGGGCGACGGAACCGUACCUGAAGGCAGCCGGCGCCACAGGCGCGUCGAUGCUCGGAACCAGCCUCCUCAGCACGGUGCACGCCGUGGACCAGGUCACUUUUCGCGAGGCAGUCAAGGCCUGCCACCGCAAGCUCCGCAACAACCUCCGGAGCACCGCGGCGGGCGACGGACCCUCGCAGCCGAUCACCGUCGCAAGGCAGAACCUGGUGUAUCGGCGACUGGUGCAAGGCGGGCGAGACGCGCUCGUGGAAGGGCGGAUCAUCCUGCUGCACGAGCGCUCGCACUGCACGGAGCUGAUCUUCAUCGAGCGGCCGCUCGCGUCCACCGGCCACGUGCUCUCGGGCGCAAGCGACGCGCUGUCAACCAGCAGCGCGGGGCGUGCGCCCAGUGACAGCGCACACCGCGACGGGCCGCGCUCGCCGCGGCCGCGCGUCACGGGUAUGACCGCGGAGAUCGCGCAGGGCUUCGACGUGGCGAUCGAGAGCAUCUCGGGGGCGCUCCACGCGGUGUUGCGCAGCGCCAACCCCCACGCCGGGCUCGUUCUCGACGCCCUGAACAGCAGCUGCGGCGUGUCGUACUCGGUGACGGGCCCGACGCACUGCCUGACGCUCGGCGUGCCCGACGGGACGCUGCUGAACCGGGGCAGCUUCAGCGGGAGCGGGAGCGGCGACGUAAGCGGAGGCGCCGAGCUCAUGCCGCCGUCGGCACGCGCCGUGCUGGAGGCCGCGCUGGAGAAGGGCCACGAGGACGUCAAGCGCGGCGUCGUGCCGCGGUCGCACGGGUCCGUGCAGGUCCCCGGCGUGCGCCAGGUCGGGCGCGCGUGCACGCUGCGCCUCAAGUGGGCGCUCGCCGGCGACAGCCUGAGCGGGCCCGCGGCCGCGGUGUCGUGGCAGGAGGUGCGCAGCGGCGCGAGGCAGGCGUCGGGCGGCCACGCGGCGCCGGAGGCGCUCGGGGGCGGCGUGGGGUUCCUGGACCUCUGGCUCGGCGUAGAGGGGCAAGUGGUGGGCGCGACGGGGGCGUGCGGGGCGCUGCUGGGCCGCCCGCUGCACGCCGUCGUCGGCUCGCUCUUCCUCGACCACGUGCACAAGGGCGACCGCGAGCACCUCGCGCAGGCGUUCACGCAGGCGCUGUUGUCGGACGAACACGAGGCACACGAGGCGAGGUUCAGCCCGAAACAGCCGCUGCUCGCUGCGCGGCGACCCCCGCUCGGCGCGGGCGACGGCGCCGAGACGCCGAACGUGAGCGCGGCGACCUCGUUCUGCCUCCCCGCGGAGCACAGCGCGCCUGGCGGCUACCCUGACACAGGCCCGAAGAAACACCCCUCCCUUCGGGAGCUCGCGCUCACCGCGGUGCCGAGGCGCCUGUCGGUGAGCUCCUACCAGGGGCCCGGGUCGACCUCGACGCCCGGGUCCGCGGCCGAGAGCGGCCAUGGAAGCAGCCCCGCCAGCUCCACACGCACCAGCUUCGUGCAGAACGUGCAGCCGGCGGCGGCGGCCGCGCCGUCGGCGGCGGCGGCGAAGCCCCUGAAGUACCUCCGCGCCGUCUUCCGGCGGAUCGCGGCCCCGAGGGGCCCCGUUCCAGCAGCGGCGGUGCACCUGCGCCUGGAGGACAUCACGCGUAGCGUGCGCCGCAAGAUGCAGACGCACCUGAUGAACGAGGUGCUGACGUGGUCGCCGCUGCCCGUCGCGAUCGUCGACGAGGCCGGGAAGUGCCUGCAGAGCUCGGAAGCGAGCACCGCGUCCGCCCGCAGCGCAGGCGCACCCACCGCCGGGGCUCCGGUGCCCGUCGGCACGGACCCGCUCGCCGCGUGGGGCGUCGCAGAGGCGCUCGACCUCGCAGAGGUGCGCGAGUUCGACGUGCGGGCGCGCAGGGAGCUCUCCGUCGGCCCAGGCAGCGCGUCGGAAACCUUCACCUUCCUUCCCGGGCGCGACACCGCGCCGUGGGCGGCCGUGCGGAGGACUUGGUGCCGCGCGGGCGGGCCCGACAAGGCCGUGCUCGGCACCGUCUCGCUCGUCCCGUCGCCCGGGGGGCUCGAGCCCGCGGGCGGCUUCCCGUCGCACGCAGGCGGGUCCAAGGCGGGGGGGCCGCUGCACAGCGCGCCCGGGGCGCACGCGGGCGACUCGAGCGACGGCAGUGCGCAGUGCGGCAGCGUCAGCGUGGACGGCUCCGCGCGGGUGGGCCGCGCAGUCCGCUCCAUGGGCGCCCCGGCGCCUGUGCCCCAGCCGCAGCCUCCUGCCUCGCCGAGCCCCGGGAGCGAGACGGAGGUCCUCGCGGUGGUCUCGCAGCACCUGUUCCGAGCGGUGCUCGCCGGCGACGGCCAGCAGGUCAACAGCAUCGUCGGGGGGCUGCGCGUGAUGUCCAGCGGCAGCGAGCUUCUUGCGGAGGCCGCCACGUCCAGCCCGGACCCACGUGGAUCGACGCCGCCGCUGCACUUCGCGGCGGCCUGCGGUCUGACGGACGCGGUGGUGUCGAUCGUCACCGCCGCGCCGCGGUGCAUGAAUGCGCGCGACGCCUCUGGCAUGACGGCGCUCCACCACGCCGCGCGCGCCGGCAAAGUGGAGACGGCUAUGGCCCUGCUGAUGCACGGCGCCGAUGCGCGAUCCGCGAACCACUUCGGCCACACCGCGGCCGACGUGGCGAUGAUGAACGGACACCAGCACCUGGCGGCGCUCUUGUCCAACAUGUGGGCCCAACUGAGCUAA